AGACAUUAAAAGAGAAACAAAAAGAGUUUUACAAUUAUUUUGUGUCAAGUUUCCCCUGAUAGAAAGAAACCUUGCCUUGAAGUUCCUCAUUGUCACUCUCGAAAGUUUCUUGUAAUGCAUAACGGCAUGUGAUUUCUCUUUAGGCUUCGUCUUGUGUUGGUGUGUUCCAUAUGCUUUUCUUCACUGUGGAGCUUUGAGAACUACAAUAUCAGAGGAUCGUAAUUUUAAGUUGACCAGCGUGCAUCAUGGGGGGUGAGAGUAUGAAACUGAGUAACGGCAACCUAUCGUUGUUUGACGGCUUUGAUGACCUGUACAACGACAACAUCUCCGAUUAUGACUAUAAUGACUCAUGCUGUGAGGAGCGUGACUUCUGUGAAAUCAGUGAUACUAUGAAUUUUGGGGCAGUGUUCAUACCUAUUCUGUAUUCUGUGGUGUUUAUUGUGGGUUUCCUGGGGAACGGAGCGCUGGUGGGUGUUCUGGUUAAGAGCAGGAGGAGCUGGAAUGUAACAGACACCUUCAUCCUCCACCUGGGUGUGGCAGACAUCCUGCUGUUGUUGACGCUGCCCCUCUGGGCUGCACAGGCUGCCCAGAGUGAAGGAUGGACAUUUGGUACACCUCUCUGCAAGAUCACUGGAGCUGUUUUCACGAUUAAUUUCUACUGCGGGAUCUUUCUCCUGGCCUGCAUCAGUUUGGAACGCUACCUGUCCGUCAUCCAUGCUUCCCAGAUGUACUCCAACAGGAACUCCAAGGUUGUUCAUAUCAGCUGUGUGGCUGUGUGGGUCUUCUCCAUGAUCCUCUCAAUCCCUGACUGGAUCUUUUUAGAUGCUGUAACGGAUGACAGACGAAACAGAAUAGAGUGUGUUCGCAACUAUUUCCAGUUUAACAACCAGACAGUAAGUGACUGGCGACUGGCAUCACGAACGCUCUACCACAUUGUGGGAUUCCUGCUGCCCUCAGUUGUCCUGAUCUUCUGCUACUCCUGCAUUUGGCGGCGGUUGCGCUGUGGCAUCCAGGGUCUCCGAAAGCAGAGAGCUUUCAGGGUCAUUGUUGCGGUGGUAGUGGUUUUCUUUCUCUGCUGGACACCAUACAACAUCACACUCAUGGUGGACACAAUUUAUUCACACAGGAGCAAUGAAACAUGUGGAAUUGGUUCAUCUCUGGAGAAAGCCAUUAUAGUGACCACUUCAAUAGGCUUCCUCCACUGCAGCCUCAACCCCAUCCUGUAUGCUUUCAUGGGCGUGAAGUUCCGUCUUCAGCUCUUAGACAUAAUGAGAACUCGUGGCUGGACAGUGAAGAAAAAUGCCAGAGUUCAGCUUGACAGGACGCAUGUGAAGAGCACCACAUUUUAAUAAGUUUGGCUUCCCAGUUCAAUUCAGUUUUAUUUCUACAUCUUCAACAGCAGUCCAAAUUCUCUCAUGAUGCUUUACUGAACCCAGAGCCUGAAACUCCCAGAGUGGGCACAAAAUUCCUGUUUAACGGGAAGAAUCCUUGAGGUGUGCUCAAAGGUAGAGAGACAGCAAAGAAGAGAAA